GCGCGCCUCCGAGUUCUUUGACCACCAUGUCCAGUCCUCCCGCGCCCUCGCUUCAAGCACCCAAGCCUGAACGUCCUGCAGGUGGAGCUCGCCUGCCGUCGCUGAACCAAUUGGCUGCCCGUAUCAACCUUAAUUCUAAUGGUGUAACAGCUUCGCCUUCUUCUGCCAACCGUCCCCGCUUGGCCGCCUCUCUUCUUCGUACGGGCUCUACGACCUCUCUGGCUACGACGGCUUCCACCAAUGAUUCCAUCGCCGUAAACAUAUCAACCACUCGGUCUACUUCGCCCGCUGCCAUUUCCACGCCGCCCAAGUCGGGCACUCCAUCCAUCCCUGAAGAAGGCCCUCUAAACAUGGAGCCUUUGACAACAGAGAGACUCAAGGAGUUAAAUCAGGAGAAUCCUCCAGCCGAGAGAAAGGUCAAAGUGGGGUACAAGAAUAUCCCUACCCUCGAUGCUAUCACCGCCCGUCUCGCAAAGGCUAGAUCGUUGAGCAUUGAUGGGUCUGCUAAACCACCCGAAGCUGAGAUGAUCGAAGAUCCCAAAACUCCUGGUGUGCCGAUGAAGGUACCUGAACACCCAUUGCAGUAUCUUUGGACGAUUUACCAUGAUACGAAGAACAAGGUCCCUUUCACACCUGCGGUUGUCAAAACGGAAAGUGUUGACAGCGCUUACGCUGCACAAAUCCCCGAAUCUGGCGAUUAUGAAGCUGGUCUGACCGUCAUCGGCGAGUUCGAUACCGUAGAAUCUUUCUGUCGAUACUUCAACUGGUUGAAACCUCCUUCCAAACUUGAGCGUAACUCCAAUUACCACCUGUUCAAAUCGGGCAUCAAGCCAAUGUGGGAGGAUGAGGCUAAUGCGAACGGCGGCAAAUGGGUUUUAACAAUGAAGAACAAUCCUGCGUUGUUGGAUCGGUGCUGGAGCUGGCUCGCUAUGGCCCUUGUGGGAGAGGAGUUGGAGGAGGGAGACGAGAUAUGCGGUGCCGUGGUUAGCUUAAGGAGCAAGGUGGAUAGGAUACAAGUGUGGACAAGGAACAAAGACGACGUGGAAAGACUAAAUGCGAUAGGAAAGAGGUUUGUUAAGCUAUUGGACAUUUCCGAGGCAGACAAUAUUGGUCUGGAGUUUCAGUACAAUACAGAUGAUCGCCCACUUCCGAAUAAAUUCCUGUCCAUCCAGUCCAUGCCUACGACUUCCUUCAGAUCCACGUUCGGCUCUGGACAUGGCCACACGAAGUCCUUUGGAAACAACACCAGCCCCACAGCAACAACUGUCGAAACGCCGCCAAGCACGGCUGGAGGCGCCUUUGGAAGCUUUGGUAUUGGCAUAGGGGGUGGUAGUGGUUGGCGAGGAAGCAAACGUGGCUAAAUGGGUGAUGUGCAGUGAGGUUGUUUGUUUCGCGAAUAGUCUAGACAUUCAGUGCACCGCGGGCACCUCGAGUGAUGUGUACGAAGUACAGAAGUAUGGUGCGUAUGCGCCGGAGGUGUCGUCUUUCUGUCUUUUGUGUCCCCCUUCAAAUUAGUUGUCAACGUAGCUCCCUUCCCAGAGUAGUCGUAACAUGAGUCCAGUACACACGUAGUGAUAUUCAGUUUUUACUACUAGGGCAACGGUAAUGCAGCCUUUUGUAUCUACGAGUCCAAGACUCGUCUAAAGGGGAAUGGAGCAGACGUGUCAAGGGACUACCUCUAUCGAACCUAUAGCUAAAACACGAGUGCGAAUGAAUGUA